AUGAUCAACACAAAUAGAUUUAACGACCCUUUCAAAAUUUGCUGUGGCCAUCAUCAGAAUAACGUUCACGUGUGGUGCGGGCAAGCGGUGAAGAUCAACGGCUCGGAUUUAAUCGGUGACAGCUGUGGAUCGCCGGAGAGUUGUGUAAGCUGGGAUGGGGUCCAUUACUCUCAGGCAGCCAAUCAGUGGAUUGCAAAUCAAAUACUUAAUGGCACAUUUUCUGAGCCCCCAAUCCCAAUUAUGUCAAAGACUUCGACCCUCACUCCAACCGCAGAAACCACUUCAUCCCCAACUCGGCAAACACCUCAAGCCAAGAACCAAGCCGACCCGAAAUCGCCGAAACCCCAGCUCAUUCGGAAGCCGGCUAGAACCCAAAACUCAAAACAAAGAGCCGUGAGAGAGGAAUUGAAGGAUCCAAGUCCAGCCGCCCCACCCAGCCUGAUGGACAGAGCCAAACCCGCCGGAAUAAAACAAGGCACCCGCCGACCACAACCAAAAGAAAACCGAGACAAAUUGGCAUCCGAAGAAGGCAGCCAACACAACUCACCUCUUACAGUCACUCCGGCGGAACAGAACCGUAUCAAUCGACGACGAGAUAGCCACAAGGACCAAUCGAGCCUUGAAACACCGAGCCCAUCAGUCCGACCACGGCGACCCGACCUCACCCCCUCUCCAGCCACCGUCUUCCGUCCAGCCCACUCUCGUCGAAGCACCCGAAGGAAGGGCGCAGAAAGGGGAUCUGCAAACCCUAGGCGCAUCUUUCGGCGGAGUGCUGAAGUGGAGAGACAAGGCCAAAUCGAGGGUGAGCGGCGAAGCACGUUCUCCGGCUAA